AUGUCGGACUCUGAGGAGGAGAGCCAGGACCGGCAACUGAAAAUCGUCGUGUUGGGGGACGGCACCUCCGGGAAGACUUCCUUAGCUACAUGUUUUGCUCAAGAAACUUUUGGGAAACAGUACAAGCAAACUGUAGGACUGGAUUUCUUUUUGAGAAGGAUGACGUUGCCAGGAAACUUGAAUGUUACUCUUCAAGUUUGGGAUAUAGGAGGACAGACAAUAGGAGGCAAGAUGUUGGAUAAAUAUAUCUAUGGAGCACAGGGAAUCCUCUUGGUAUACGACAUUACAAACUACCAAAGCUUUGAGAAUUUAGAAGAUUGGUAUUCUGUGGUGAAGAAAGUGAGUGAGGAGUCAGAAACUAAGCCACUAGUUGCCUUGGUGGGCAAUAAAAGAAGCUACGUGGACUAUUAG